CUCUUGUCCUUACAGCAUCUGGUGGGGAUCACUGUUUGCUGUGGGUCCAUGAGAAUGAAGCACACCGCUGCGUGCCUUGCGGCACUGGCCCUGCUCGGCAGCGUCUGCGUCGGAUAUCAGGUGCCCCAUGAUCAGCAACAGGCCAAGCAUGUACUUGAGAGGCCGCUCACCUGGAGCUACCCUGAAGGGCCCACGAAUCCGGUCGCGCCUGUGCCCGAUUUCGAGCUCAGGCACCCCGUCCCUGCAGCAACCGUAUCAGUGGAGUGCGGAGAGAGGCAAGCGCGCGUGGAGGUCCAGUUGGACUUUUUUGGAAUAGGCCAGUUCAUCAAGCCCUCUGACCUGACGCUGGGUCCUUGUGGCCCAGUGGCUGAGGACACUCAAGCCCAUGUGCUGAUAUUCCAGCCUGAGCUGCAAGACUGCGGCAGCAUUUCGCGAACGACAGAUGAUGCUCUCAUCUACACUUUUUCUCUCAACUAUAACCCCACAAGGCUGGGUGAAUCCCCUGUUGUGAGGACCAACGAAGCUGCCGUGAUUGUGGAAUGUCACUACCCAAGGCACCACAACGUGAGCAGCCUCCCACUCGACCCACAAUGGAUACCAUUCUCUGCAGUCAGGGUUGCAGAGGAGUUCUUAUACUUCACUCUUACCCUGAGGACCGACGACUGGAUGUACGAGAGGCCUCGUUACCAGUACUACCUGGGAGACAUGAUCCGUAUCGAGGCCUCCGUCAGGCAGUACCACCACGUGCCCCUACGCGUUUUUGUGGAAAGCUGCACGGCUACCCUCUCGCCCGAUAUGAAUUCCAGCCCCAGAUAUACCUUCCUUGAACAGGGGUGUUUAAUUGACGCGAGGAUCACAGGCGCAGAGUCCAGGUUCAUGCAACGAACAACAGAGAACAUGCUCCAGUUCCAGUUUGAGGCAUUCAGGUUCCAGGGUGCAGACAGCGGCAUGCUUUACAUUACCUGCCACUUGAGAGCCACGUCGAACGGCCACGACAUUGAUCCUGAACACAGGGCCUGCUCCCACAUACAGAACGGCUGGAGGGAGGCCAGUGGCGUGGAUUCAGCAUGCUCCUCCUGUAAUGCCCUUGGUGGAAAUCAACAACCAGGCAACCCUUGGAACCCUGGUGACCUUCAUAAGGGCAGUCAAAAUAACCUCGGCGGAGGAGGCGACUCUCAAACAGGAGGCAUUGGCUGGACCAUCGGUGGUGGAGGCGGCUCUCAAACAGGUGGUGGCUCUCGAACAGGAGGCGGCUCUCAAACAGGAGGCAUUGGCUGGACCACCGGUGGUGGAGGCGGCUCUGAAACAGGAGGUGGCUCUCGAACAGGAGGCGACUCUCAAACUGGAGGCAUUGGCUGGACCACCGGUGGUGGAGGCGGCUCUCAAACAGGAGGUGGCUCUCAAACAGGAGGCAUUGGCUGGACCACCGGUGGUGGAGGCGGCUCUCAAACAGGAGGCGGCUCUCAAACAGGAGGCGACCCUCAAACAGGAGGCAUUGGCUGGACCACCGGUGGUGGAGGCGGCUCUCAAACAGGAGGUGGCUCUCGAACAGGAGGCGGCUGGACCACCGGUGGUGGAGGCGGCUCUCAAACAGGAGGCGGCUCUCGAACAGGAGGCGACUCUCAAACUGGAGGCAUUGGCUGGACCACCGGUGGUGGAGGCGGCUCUCGAACAGGAGGCGACUCUCAAACUGGAGGCAUUGACUGGACCACCGGUGGUGGAGGCGGCUCUGAAACAGGAGGUGGCUCUCGAACAGGAGGCGGCUGGACCACCGGUGGUGGAGGCGGCUCUCGAACAGGAGGCGACUCUCAAACUGGAGGCAUUGGCUGGACCACCGGUGGUGGAGGCGGUUCUCAAACAGGAGGCAUUGGCUGGACCACCGGUGGUGGAGGCGGCUCUGAAACAGGAGGUGGCUCUCGAACAGGAGGCGGCUGGACCACCGGUGGUGGAGGCGGCUCUCGAACAGGAGGCGACUCUCAAACUGGAGGCAUUGGCUGGACCACCGGUGGUGGAGGCGGUUCUCAAACAGGAGGCAUUGGCUGGACCACCGGUGGUGGAGGCGGCUCUGAAACAGGAGGUGGCUCUCGAACAGGAGGCGGCUGGACCACCGGUGGUGGAGGCGGCUCUCGAACAGGAGGCGACUCUCAAACUGGAGGCAUUGGCUGGACCACCGGUGGUGGAGGCGGCUCUCGAACAGGAGGCGGCUCUCAAACAGGAGGCGAGUCUCAAACAGGAGGCAUUGGCUGGACCACCGGUGGUGGAGGCGGCUCUCAAACAGGAGGCGGCUGGACCACCGGUCGUGGAGGCGGCUCUCAAACAGGUGGCGGCGGAAGUAGUGGAAGUGGCGGUGGCAAUGACGGUGGCGGUGGAGGAAAUCAACCAAGGGAACAAACCUGGACCACUGGCUUCACUGGAAGUACCAACACAGGCACUUCCUGGGCUACUGUCACUAGGAUUGGUGGAGGAACCCCUGGAACGGGCACCUGGCAAAAGACUGGAAGAGGCAAAGACGAACCAGACAAACAAACUGUUACUUGGAACCCCACUGGUCCCGGACAAAGUGGCGCAAGCACUACUUGGACCGUAACCAGCUCAACUAGUAGCAGUACACAGGGUGGAAGAAAGAGCCGUUCAGUGAAAUCAGAUCAAGUUUAUGAAUGGAGAGGUGAUGUCACACUGGGUCCCUUCGAAAUUGCAGAGAAAGUCGUUUGAAGUCAACAUUCCAACGUGGCGAUGGAAAUAAACAUUCUGAUUGGAUCAUGGCUGACUGGAUGUUAUUCCCCGCACAACAUCCUUCCGAAUGCCUCCAUUAAAGUAAUAUAUAAAAAAGCUCGAAAUUUAACAUAGGUGACGGGAAGUGGCAAAUAUUUCCGUACACAAAUUGUCACAUAUUUUGCCUUGCCGCUGUGUAAUGAUAUGAAUAUUUUUUAUUCCCAUGUCAGGGAGUUGAAUGGCAAUAAAAUUGCAAUUUUGUGAAA